AACCACCCCACUACCAGCACAGGGCAGUUCGCCUCUGCAGGACGUUGUGUACAGUAACAGUGCGCUGGAUAAGGGAAUUAUCGACCUCAUGGACGAUACGGAUGAGUUUCUGCGGCCACAGCAGAGCUUGAUUGUGCCGUACUUCUUCCGCUGUGAGGACAUAGGCGACCACAAGUAUAGCAUGCUGUUUGGGUAUCAGUCAGCGGAACAGAACAAGGGCGGUUCAAGGGAGUACGCACGCGUCACCCCAUCCAAUCAGAACGUACCAGAAAUCACAUGGCGGUAG